GCCCUUUUCUGAGGUUCCUUGCUCUGUUUGCGAAACCAAACAAACCAGUUCCUAAUGGGAGGCAAUUCACCUUGUGCUUCAUGCAAGUUGCUACGGCGUCGUUGCGCCAAAGAUUGCAUCUUCGCUCCCUAUUUCCCUUCCGAUGACCCUCACAAGUUCGCCAUCGUUCACAAGGUCUUCGGCGCCAGCAACGUCGGCAAAAUGUUGCAGGAGCUUCCAGUUCAUCAGAGAGCCGAUGCAGUGAGCAGUUUAGUGUAUGAAGCGAAUGCAAGAGUUCGAGACCCAGUGUAUGGGUGUGUCGGAGCUAUAUCGUAUCUGCAGAAUCAAGUUUCAGAGCUUCAAAUGCAGCUCGCAGUGGCUCAGGCAGAGAUCCUGUGCAUCCAGAUGCAGCAGGAUCCGGAGCCAGCAGUGAUGCAAAACGCAGAAGUUGACCCAAAUCAGAGACCUUAUUUUCUGCAAAACGACCUGCCUCAUCAGUACCUUAACUUUGCGUCUUCCAGCAAUGUAAUUCAGGACUCUCUCCAGAGGGAGAGUAUCUUCGGACACGACAUGGUUUCUUAACUUGAAUUCCUUAUACUUUUGUUUUUGUUCCAUGUCAUGUUUCUUUUCCUGAGAUCUUAUAUGUGAAUGGCUUCUCUGUGCAAUUCUUUAUCCUCGAUUAGGGAUAGACGAGGACAAGGGGGAUUCAUGGGUCAACUCUAGCCUGUGAGAUAAGUAAAAGUGAACUAAAAUAGCGAUGGCGUCUGAAUCAGUAAACUAAUUAAUAAAUAAAGCAAGCGCUUGUAUUACAAUGGGUUAUAUUAUAUAUUAAGCCAAAGGGAAGGGACAGUGUUCGUUUUACAGACAUUCUGAUGAUCAUAAAAUGACCUCCAUUGUCUAGAAAAGAAGACAGAAAAUGGGAGAUCAUGAGUCCAUGGGACUACUUUGCUUUUCAAAUGAAACAAAUAAAGGUGAGAAACAGUACACAUAA